CUAUAGGCCGAGGAUUAGAUCUCACGUACCAGCUGGUGUCAAAAACCUGUCCCUUGAUGAUCUCUCGUAAGCACUGUGUUUUCCAGCAAAAUGCAGAAGGGCAGUGGACUGUCAAGGAUAACAAGAGUCUAAAUGGAGUCUGGCUUAACAAACAGCGCCUGGAUCCCUCAAAAGCCUAUCCUAUCACUGAAGGAGACCGUAUCCAGUUGGGAGUGCCUUUGGAAAACAGAGAGUCUGCUGAAUAUGAGUAUGAAGUAAUUAAUGAAGAAUGGGAGAAAAUCAGACCCUUUUUAGCCCAAAGGAAUGACCUGGGGAAAACUAAGAGUUCAAGAACUAAACGUAAAUUUAGUUUGGAGGAAUCCGAGACAUCUGGAUCAGAAGGCCCUUCAAACUCCAGAUCCAAAAGAGACAGAGUGUCCUGUGACAACGAACCUUUGGGUAAAUCAUGGGGAAGGGUAGAAGAGGCCAAACAGUUAACAGAGAAGAUGGAUUUCAAGCUGCCUUCUGCUGGACCAAGUGAGGAGGAUGGUGGUCCAGUGCGUGGUAGCCCUGUGCACUCUGAGAAAGCCAUGUCUGUCCUCCAUAAGGACCAGAAAGGGUCUGGUCUUGCACAGUCAUGGACUGGCUUGGAAAUGCUGAGGAAAACUCUAGUAGAUAUAAUGAAGUUAAAGGUCAAAGUGCAGGAGAAGCAGACAGCGGUCCUGAACGUGAAGCAGAAGCGCAGAAAGUGUGCUCAGAAGGAGAUCCUGGCAAUGGAGCAGGAGCUGCAGGAGUUACAGGACCAACUAUGCAUGGAACAAGAGCAUCAGCAGCAGCAGGUGGAAGAGCUGGAGAGAACGUUCUCUAAAGAGCAGCAGAAGCUAGAGGGAGUAAAGUGGCAACAUGGGGAAGAGAAUCUGAAGGAACAGCUGGCCCAGGUCCUGCAAGAGCAUCAUGCUUUGAUGGAAGAACUGAGCCGUAGUAAAAAAGAUUUUGAGGAGAUAAUUCGAGCCAAGAAUAAAGAACUGGAAGAAACCAAGGAGGAGAAGGAAAAGGUGAGAGCCCAGAAAGAAGAGGUGUUGAAUCAGAUGAAUGAUGUGUUGGAGAAUGAGUUGCAGUGCACAAUCUGUUCUGAGCACUUUAUCGAGGCGGUCACUCUGAACUGUGCACACAGCUUCUGCUCCUACUGCAUCAAUGAGUGGACGAAACGUAAAGCGGAGUGCCCUAUCUGCAGGCAGGAGAUAAAAUCAAAGACACGCUCUCUGGUGCUGGAUAACUGCAUUGACAGGAUGGUAGAAAAACUGGAUGUCGACAUGAAAGAGCAUCGCCUGACACUUAUCAGAGAGCGGAAAGAGAAACAGAAUGUGUUGGUGAACCCAGCCACGGACAAUGAUAGCAGUGUCAUUUCUUCCAUCUACUCCAUCCUGUUGAUAAGCAGUUGUGACAGUGAGGACUUUGAGGAGGAUUCUUACUACAAUGAAAGCUACUACAUUAUCUAAACACUGUUACUGCAGACUCGUUUGCCUGUGUGCUGCCCAGAACCAACCUAAUGGUGUUUGGUUGGCUGCUCCUGGAUGAGUGGACUGGACAUCUGGAAGGAGAUUCUGUGAAGAGGCUGGAUCUG